AAAGAGAGCGACAAUGAGCAAAGAGUUUGGAGAGGUUGCUACGACACUCUGACUGAAUGUAACCAAGUAACGGAUAAUCGCGCCACGACAGCACAGCUCCUUCAUAUACCUUCUUCUGAUCACUUCUAUCCAUGCCUCUGUACUGAGCGAGCUUUGAAGUAAUUGAACUUGGAUUGCUACGGACAUGGAGAGUAAGGAUGAUAAUGUCACCGGAUCUCCCAAAUUUCCGGCGGAUUUGGAGUACCAAUCAGGCUUCGGCAACCACUUCUCCUCGGAGGCGAUCGCCGGAGCUCUUCCCAGAGGCCAGAACAGUCCGCUUGUCUGCCCUCUCGGCCUAUACGCUGAGCAGAUUUCCGGCACCUCUUUCACCUCCCCUCGCAAACUCAAUCAGCUCAGCUGGUUCUAUCGUGUUAAGCCAUCAGUUACCCAUGAGCCAUUUAAACCUAGAGUUCCAACUCAUGAAAGACUUGUCAGUGAGUUCAACCAGUCAAAUAGUUCUGCUACACCUACUCAAUUACGGUGGAAGCCUGUGGAUAUCCCAGAAACACCAACUGAUUUCAUUGAUGGGCUGUACACUGUAUGUGGAGCUGGCAGCUCUUACCUCCGGCAUGGUUUUGCAAUUCACAUGUAUACAGCUAACAAAUCAAUGGACAACUGUGCAUUUUGCAAUGCUGAUGGGGACUUUUUGAUAGUUCCUCAAAAAGGAAGGUUGUGGAUUACAACUGAAUGUGGUAGGUUGCAAGUCAAUCCUGGUGAAAUAGUUGUUAUUCCUCAAGGAUUUCGCUUUGCUGUUGAUCUGCCGGAUGGAGAAUCGCGAGGUUAUGUUGGUGAAAUUUUUGGAACUCAUUUUCAACUCCCUGAUCUUGGGCCAAUAGGUGCAAAUGGUCUUGCUGCUCCAAGGGAUUUUCUUGUCCCGGUGGCAUGGUUUGAUGAUAGCUGCCAUCCAGGUUACACCAUUGUACAAAAAUUUGGCGGUGAACUCUUCACUGCAAAACAAGAGUUUUCACCAUUCAACGUGGUUGCUUGGCAUGGCAAUUAUGCCCCUUACAAGUAUGAUCUAAGCAAGUUCUGCCCUUAUAACACAGUUUUGUUUGAUCACAGUGAUCCAUCAAUAAACACAGUUUUGACAGCACCCACAGAUAAACCAGGAGUGGCAUUGAUGGACUUUGUCAUUUUUCCACCUCGAUGGUUGGUUGCUGAACACACUUUUCGUCCUCCAUAUUACCACCGAAAUUGUAUGAGUGAAUUUAUGGGCCUGAUCUAUGGAGGAUACGAGGCAAAAGCUGAUGGCUUUCUUCCAGGUGGUGCAAGCCUCCAUAGCUGCAUGACUCCCCAUGGUCCCGAUACCAAAACAUACGAGAAAACCAUAGCCCUGGGAAAUGAAGCAGGGCCGCAUAGAAUCACAGGCACGAUGGCUUUCAUGUUCGAGUCAUGCCUCGUACCCCGAGUCUGUCCAUGGGCACUGGAAUCGCCCUUCAUUGAUCACGAUUAUUAUCAGUGUUGGAUAGGUUUGAAGUCUCACUUCACAGGAGGAUCCACAGAUGAAGGGAACAAGGAGUUGGAAAAUGGAGACCACUGAAGUAUGGCACACCAAUGAUUGUCAUCUUGUCAUGGGUUCCACCGGAGUAAUGGUUGGUUUGUCUCUAUCGAAAUGCCACAGUUUGUACAGAAUAAUACAUUGUUGGGAUACAAGUUGAUGUAUGGGUAUGACUGAAACAUAAAUACGAAUAAUGAAGAUCAUGAUACAUCUUUUA